CACGUGCAAACAUUUAAGUGUGGACAAACAGCAGAAAGGGCUUUGCUGAAUGUUCACUGGUGCAGUUCCACCCGAGGCUCUAUUUUCCCUUGUAGCUGGGGCUGGAAAACGGCUAAAAUGCUGCCGGACGCCUUCGGGUGCGUUGUGGCGAACAGGUUCGGGAAUCUUCUCGACGACGAUGCUGAUCCAUUCGACUUAAUCAGCGAAGUGGAAACGGAGAACGAUAAAAAGAAGAAGAAUAAAGAGCAGGAGAUGAAACUCAAGCAGAAAAAAAUGGGUCAAAAGGAGUCCCAAAAGGACAGACGUGUCCCAAAAGCGUUGGAUGGUCAAGACCUGGUACCAGCACAUAAGCAGCAGCAGACAGGUCAUGCACCAGGGACCGAUAGAGAUGGCGGGCAGGAGGUUCAGAGGGGCAUGAAGAGAGGUGCUACUGGGCAACGCAGGGUCACCCAAGAGGAACAACCACUGGAGUUCUCCAUCUCCAAGCCAUCCGAUAAUGAGUCCAAUGUCCGUGGCAGAGGGGGGAUGAGAGGAGGAGGAGGAGGAGGAAGAAGAGGAGGAAGAGGUGGGGGAUAUACAAGGAACCCAGACUACCUUAACAUGAGGGGCAAGAGGGAGUAUGAUCGACACAAUGGAACAGGUAUUUCUCCAGAGGAAAAGAGAGGUGGCAGGGGACCCUGGAACUGGGGCUGUGUUGAGGAAGCUGCAAGUGAACUGAUGGAGGUGACAUCUGAUGCUGCUAUCAAAUCUGAGGAGCCCCAGAUACCCGUGGAGGAGGAUAAUCUGAAUCGAGAAACAGAUGAAAAUAAAGAGGUGGUGGUUGAGGUUGCCAUGGAGAUGACCCUGGAUGAGUGGAAGGCCCUGCAGGAGACGAGUCGUCCCAAGGCAGAAUUUAAUAUCCGCAAAACGGAUCACCAGAUUCCCUCGAAAGCCAAGGUCAUCCACCAGUCCAAACACCUGGGGAAUUUGAAGGAGACUAUGGAGGAUGAGGGAAACUUCCUCCGCAGAUCUGUCAAUGACAUCACUUCCCUUUUGGACAUCAAUUUUGGAAGUGUUGGACGGCCCAGUCGCGGGGGCCGAGGAAGAGGACGUGGCGCUCAAAGUACUCGCUUAGAGAGAGCUGAACAGAUAAUGGAGAGGGAGGAUGAUCUUGCACCUAAUCCUGAUGAUCCAGAAGAUUUCCCAGCACUGUCAGCAGGAAGAUAACUGAAUUCAGUUCUUGACCAUAUAACUACAUCAUUCACAUUUCUGUUGAGGCUCUGUUGCACUGAAUACACUUCAAUAAAUACUACUGCAAGGUU